AUGUUCACACAUGGAAGAGGUUCAUAUCGGGUCGUGCGGACUAUUAGUGAGGACAAUCAAGCACAACAACGACGAGUGGCAGAUAGAAGAAUCUCCAUUGCACUGAAUAUAUGGAAGCAAUCGUUAGAGGCAGAGAACAAGAGGUUGAAGGAAGUGUUACCUGCUGUCCAGCGGCGAUAUGAGGCGUUAGUGAAGCAGAGAAAUGCUCUCGUUUCAAACGUGAACAAGCUAAGAGAAGCACUAAAUCUCGCCCCGUACAUCAGCGAGACGAAUAGCUUUUGGACGAGCGUGAAAAACGGCCACAUCCGUUCCUCCAUGGAAUCAAGUCGUCAUUGA